AUGACGAUGAAGCUUAUUAGCCUUCAACAAGGAAAUCGUUCAGUGAAAGAAUACGAGAGGGAAUUCAAUGCAUUGGCUAGAUAUGGAGGUGAGAUGCUGCAAAUAGAGACCUUAAGGUUUAAAAAGUUCAUAAGAGGACUUCGUCCGUCUCUCAAGGCAAAGGUGGAACUUUUGAAAAUCAACUCGAUGUCAGAAAUAGUUGAUAUGGAUGAUCGAGCUGAGAGAACAGAAUGUGAAAUCGAAGCAUCUACUAAGAGAUCGACUAACCCCAAUCAUAGGCGUGUAGUCCAAGAUGACAAGAGUAAGGGUAAGGCGGUUAUGCAACCUUAUACAUCCGGUAUCCUGAUGUGCUCACAAUGUGGGAGACGUCACUUUGGCGAGUGUAGAUUGCUCCAGAUCACUUGUUACCACUGUGGAAGGGCGGGACAUUAUAAGAGCGAUUGUCCCGAGUUAAAAAAAGAAGCACCUAAGAGGAUUGAACAAAGACCAGUUCAUCAACAACCAGCUGCUAAGAGACCAGCGGUGAAACCUAGAGUCUAUGCUCUAGGAACUGAAGAGCAAGAGGAAGAAGAAACGGCAGCAAUCAUAGGUAUGCCGAUAUUUCAUUUAAAUAUGAUAGGGAAUCGUAACAAAUAUGGCUAG